UCUCUAGGGUAUGGCCAUGACACAGGAAGUGUUCUCUGUCUUGCUGGGGCAUUUACCCUUUAGUUGGAUAUGAACUGCAGAAGGAAUUAUUUCCCCAACAGCAAAGAACGAUCAAGAAUUUUGAAAUUAAGUGGAUGGUACUCUCUCAGAUGAUUGAAAGAAUGCAUUAAUUCAAACCUUCAUAAAACUUCUGUCAUGGGACGGUAGGAUCAGGGGAGGGGUACAUCUUCCACCGAGACAACAGCUCCAGCGUUGCAUUCACUACGCCAUGACUGCACUGAGGGAUGACAGCCUGCAAGGAUCAGGGGAGGGGUACAUCUUUAGCUGAGACGACAGCUCCAGCGUUGCAUUCACCACACCAUGACUACACUGAGGGAUGACAGCCUGCAAGAAACAUCAACCAAGGAGUCAGCCAUGUCUUCUUCUCUCUCAAGAAUUUCUCCUUGUUACUUCAUCAAACAGCAAUGCUCCCCUGCAAUGUUCUUCUACUUCCGUCAGAAUCAAAGUAGACACAAAAAUCAAAACAGGACAUUCUGCUGGAAGCCUGAAAUACCCUCCAGCACAACCAAGAAGCUACAUUUAUAUUCACCAAUAAAACCUCAGUGUUCGAUUGGAUUCAAAAAGUCUGUGUCUUCACCAAGGUUUUGUGGUUGUUCACAGACCAAAGCAACUUUUAAUUCAAUAGGCCUACUCCAUUCUAACCACAAUACUUUUACGAGGAACAGUUGUAGUGCAGUCCUGAAGAGAUUUUAUAACGAUGAAAGCAAGAAACCUCCAUCACUUCAUCAUCAUGACACAGUGUUAGUUAAUCUUCAGAGAUUGGAGGAUUCACUUCGUUACCAUGGUUAUUCGACAGUGCGCAUCGGCUUUGCUGUCCUUGUCAUUUUAGGAAUAAGCGUUUACACUUUCCGUGAAUCCAUCCGAGAGAAUGUAGCAGAUGAAGUAUCCCAAGUAGCCUCUCGUUCUUUGGAUGACCGCCUCGUCGCCGAUAAAGCAGAAGAGUUUGCUAAAGGUUUAUUGAAUGCUCUACUGAAUGAUGAACCAAUGCACGAGUUAGCGAGUCAGUUUGUAACGAUGGUGUUACAGCGAAGUGAAACUAGACGAGCUAUGAAUGCAUUAGUGAUGGGAGUAUUACAGGAUCCUAAAACCAAAGCUCAGCUGACAGCAACUAUCAAACAGGUCAUAAUCACAGCGUUGAAUGAAGAAGACACAAAGAUCAUCAUGAAGUCAAUGCUCAAGAUUAUAUUAUCGGAUCGAGAGACGAUUGAUGCAGUCAAGAGUCUUCUUGGGAAUGUCUUUGGAGAAGACGAAGUGAAAAAUCUGACUGCAUCAUUCUUUAAAGAUGUUCUCAAGUCUGAAGUAGUAGUUAGUCAGGCAACUACACUUGGUAAAGAUGUGGCUAGAGGUGUGAUAAGUGAUCCAGUCCUACAGGAAAAAACAGGAGACAGUUUAUGGACAGCAAUGAAGUACUCCGUCACUCCAAGAUGGUUUAGUACCUCACCUCCCUCAUCGUCAACCUCCUCCUCAGGUAGUGAAGAGGAUGAUGAUGAUGUAAGACAAGAUGAGGAAGAUGGCGAAGAGGUUGAGGCACUAAUGUCAGAGCUCCAUGCUGAUGAAGAGUCAGUGCUUGGGGGUUAGUCUUUAGUAUGAUGUAAAUGUACAUUGACAACAUGUCUUUCACGCAGUGACACUCAUGGCGCUUAAUCUACAGUUGGUUGGUUCAAGUCUCGCUCCUGUAAAUUGUGUUUGGAUGAUCUUCCCACCAAGGGAACUCCGCAAACUCCCACAAGGGGAUAUAAACAUUAAGCUAGCAACAGCCAAUUUCUUUCUCACAAACAUUGGUUUGAUGUAUAUGAUUAUGAAUUAAACAAAUCAAGAAAUUGUGAUUCAGUAACUAGACGACAAUACUUUUUCUAGACGUUCUGGAAUCUUAGCUGGGGGAUUUGAACCCCAUACCUUGAAAUUGCAAGUUUGCUUAAUUUUAUAUUUAAAUUAACAUUGAACAAUAGAAUCAAAUUUUCUGAGCCAUGUAUAUGAGCAGUACCUAAACCAAAUGCAAAACAAAACUGAAUAAGUAUGUUACUUUUUCAGAGUUGUACAAUAGUAUUUUUUUUUGUUUUACCAAAUUUUAUUACUACAAUAAAUUUAAACAGCACAAAUUUCUAGAAGGUUGACUUGUAGCAGAUUCUAAGCCCUAUAAGGGUAAAUUUUAAACAUAAUUUUUUCGUAAGUUUUUUUGUAUAUCAGGACUUUUAAUACGAUAAAUUUCUUUAUGUAUUAGAAAAAUGUUAAUGAUUAAAUAAACUAAUUCUUUUUACUGAAAUUAAGUACAACCUCCUUGCCAUGUAAACAUAUUAAAAUCUAUUGAGUUUAAAAUUACAAAAUUCAGACCAGUGGAGACCAAUGGCUUUAAGUAGCUUGUAUCAAAAUGGUCAUAACAUCCUCUCCACAAGAUUCAUUCAACCAAAAAGGUCCUUAACUAAAGACCAAACAAAAUGGUACAAAAAACUUUGACCAUUUUAAACAUUGUAGAACUUAUUGUGUUCCCCAAGUAAACAUACUAUCAAUAAUGUCUACAACAAGACAAAAUUUACGUGGAAAGAAAAUAAUUAAGACAUGCCUUGGUACAUAACAACAGUAUUUACAUCUGUACUGUAUUGUAUCUUAGGCAAUAGUAGUCAGUCUGAAUUUUAAAUAGUUCUUUUUCUAACUUUAAGAUAUACAGUAAAAUAGAUAUAUAAAGUAUUGUUGGCAUGUUGUUGAUUAAAAUACUCAAAUAAAUGAGUGACUUGAGUUGUGUCAGCAUUAUUGCACUAAUACAAUUUAUGAGAUAUUUAAAAAAGAAUUCAUAGUUGGCAAUAUACAGCAUUCAUAAAUACCUCAGACAGUUUGGCUAUUCCUAU